ACAGACAGCUCGAUCUUCGUCCUCCGCUUCUUCCUCUCCCUCUCCUUCUCUCUCUUUUUAAGAUCUCUUCCCCACCUUACCCGCUCCCAUUUCCUCCUCCUCCUCCUACACCAUCUCUCUCUCCCUCUCUGAUCGUAUUCGAGAUCGGAGGUUCUCUCGAGAUUCGAAAAUGGGGCUUUCGUUCACGAAGCUUUUCAGCCGGCUCUUCGCCAAGAAAGAGAUGCGCAUUCUUAUGGUGGGUCUCGAUGCUGCUGGUAAGACCACCAUCCUCUACAAGCUCAAGCUGGGAGAGAUCGUUACCACCAUUCCCACUAUCGGAUUCAAUGUGGAAACUGUUGAGUACAAGAACAUCAGCUUCACUGUCUGGGAUGUUGGUGGCCAGGACAAGAUCCGCCCUCUGUGGAGGCAUUACUUCCAAAACACCCAAGGUCUGAUCUUUGUGGUUGAUAGCAAUGAUCGGGACCGUGUUGUUGAAGCGAGGGAUGAGCUACACAGGAUGCUGAAUGAGGAUGAGUUGCGCGAGGCUGUGCUGCUGGUAUUCGCCAACAAGCAAGAUCUGCCGAAUGCAAUGAAUGCUGCGGAAAUAACUGAUAAGCUCGGUCUUCACUCCCUCAGGCAGCGCCACUGGUAUAUUCAGAGCACAUGUGCCACUUCUGGUGAGGGUCUGUACGAGGGGCUGGACUGGCUCUCAAACAACAUUGCAAGCAAGGCAUAGAGGACUCUGUGGAAUUCUUCUAGUCGGGGGGCUGUUCUGGGCAAAGAUUUAUGGACAUUGUUUUGGUUACGCUUGGCCUUGUUUUAGGUUUACCGGUUUACUUUGUCUGUUUUGCGACUGUAAAAUUUGUUACUUGUUUUGCAGAACUCAUUUAUGUUAUGAAUAUUAAUACAUUCUAUCCAAAAAACAGAUGUGUCAUGAAUAUGAGAUCUGGUCAUAUCAUGUAUUGUAGGCUUCAGAUUUCACCUGCUUUGUUCAAUUGUAUGCAGCAACUUAGAAUUAGUCGUCUCAUGGAUUGCUUGCAUUCUUGGCUGAAUUUGUAACUCUACAAUUCAAAUCCCACGGAAA